GUAUGUGUCACGCGACUUACAGCCAAUUCUCGAGGAAAUUUUUGUGUAUUAGCGUGAGUUUUCUAUUAGUUUGCGUGACUAAACGUACAUAAUUUCUAAGGAAUCACACAGCGGAAGUGAUAACCGAACGUGGAUUAGAAAAUGGAAGCAGAAGGACCAACACAAACGGAACCUUUGCUGGGGAAAGAAACUGUUUUGCCGAUAACUCGAGCCACUCACCCAAGAUCAAGCAGUGAAGACAACGAAGAAAUGGGAACCGUCACACAAUGGCCUGAAGAAAGUCAUCACACGUCUAUACAGUCCAUUACUGCUGAUGCAAACGGAGAAGUGUUCGCUGAAAGAUCGAUGGGUUUUUGUCGCAAAGCUUGUGCACUCAUGAAGUUUUUCCUCUUUGAUUCCCACUGGCCUUUGAUUUGUUUGAUAGCAGUGUCUUUUCUUGGCGUUUGGUUGCCUAAUAAGAGAAGAUCGAUGUGGCCGUUCACUUUUAUACCAGUGUUUCAUUUGCUGUUCGGCUUGGGUGCACAUUUAUAUUUUAUUUUGACGUCAAAUCACCGAUCGGUUCACAUCGGCUCUAAGAUGUUGCUCACAUCUCUAUGGAUAAGUGCGUUUGCAUCGUAUGUUCUCGCUUUGUAUUACUUUAGGUAUCAGACACAAGAAUGGAUGAAAGAUCUAAACAAAAAUCAACGCCGAGCAGUCAAUGUAGCCCUUUUCACUGGUAUGCUUUUGGUGUCGUUGAUUCUAUUUGGAGAUGCGUACUAUCAAGUUAUCUUCGACUUAGUCAACAUUAAAGAAGCCCUUUUACAAAACUGUCAUCGCCCCGUCACUUGUAAUGCUGUUUUUUAUACUCUGGCCGUGUCUGUUUACUGGGGUCUGUAUUCGUCUAUCCCUGUUUGCUGCGUGUUUUUCUCUCUGUGCCUCGCGAUGACAAACGAUCUUACAAAAGGGUACUCGCGCUUGGCUAAAUGCACCGGGGAUGUUCGAAAUGCUUUAAUGUUACACAAACAAGUGCGUGAACAGGUUGGAGAGCGCAUCAACAGCAUGCAAGUUUGGUUUCUUAUCCAUAUGCUCUUCUACGUAGUAGUUUUGUUGGCUAACAUUUUUGAAUGGUUGGAGGCAACAAUGGAACUGAAAUUUGCCUAUCAGUACAUGGCUCAAAUCUCUGGCACGCUGGUUGUUGUGUACAAAUUUUUCUUCCCAUUCCUGUCAGCCAGUUACGUGACUUGGCACGAGUCCACACUCGUUCAAGAUUUAAACGACAAAAUGGAUUUCCAGCCAAGAGAAACAUUUUACUCGAGGCAAGACCCAGAAGUGUUCCUAACACAGAGCCGGAGACGUGGUUAUGGAUUUCGCCUGUUUAAGAUACAAAUAACCGUAACAAUUGCUGUAUUUUCUUUGCUCGGGUCAGGGUUUGGUCUGGUGCACAGUUUGAAAGGUUGAACACUUAUCGGCGGGGACACAAAUGACGCACAUGUAUAACAACAGAAAAUUUGCGAGGUGAUUGUCGACGUGCGAUGAAUUCUGAAACUGGAACUCUUUUGUAUAUAGAAUUGAUCACUAUUUUUGUAUAGGAAUCCCGCGAUGGUAAUGUUGGACGACUGGAAAAUAAGCAAUAAAAGAA